GAGUAAUUUUGACGGGCUGCUGCAUGUUUUUGUCUUGUGCGCCUCGGAAAAAGGAAAGAUUUCCCGUCGAGCCGCACUCCCGUCGUCCGCGUUCGGAUUCGGAAACAACUCAUUAACAAAGCGCCAGCGGCUACAUCAACGAGAAAAGGUGCGACCAUCUCCGGUUUGUGGCGGGCAGGCGCUCCUCUCCUGUCGGGUGAUGCACCCUAAAAACAUCCGCGGCUAAAGGAGGAAGUGAAACGGAACGAAGCGUGAGUCUCGCAACCUGAAACCGUCGACCCCCGCUGCAAUCGAUUUUGCAGCCAGAAGACAUACGCCCGCCGCCCCAGACGAAUCAUCGGGUGUUGUUGUCGGCUAUCCUGAAGGACGGCUUCCGCCGUAUGGUGAAGUUUUUGCAUCAAUAAUCGAUUAGAAAAAAGGGAAACCGUAUCCUAGGAACGGUAGGCCAACGAUUCUUGGCAAACGCAUCCGCAUCGGACAUCCGCACAAGGAGGCAUCAGAGGCGAAAGGAUGACAUCAUUUUUCAACGUUGGGGCCCUGGGCGGAAAUCCGUUCGCGACGCCCGUAGGUCAAAAGAUCGAGCAAGCAACAGAUGGCAGUUUGGCAUCGGAAAAUUGGGCGCUCAACAUGGAGAUUUGUGAUAUGAUCAACGAAUCGUCGGACGGGGCGCGCGAUGCAAUGAAGGCGAUACGGAAGCGACUGGCACAGAAUGCUGGCAAGAACUUUACCGUCAUCAUGUACACGCUGACGGUGUUGGAAACGUGUGUCAAGAACUGUGGCAAAGCGUUCCACAUACUGGUAGCCAACAAGGAGUUCAUACAGGAGCUAGUGAAGCUGAUCGGCCCCAAGAACGAUCCACCACCGAUCGUACAGGAUAAGGUGCUGAGCUUGAUACAGAUCUGGGCCGACGUGUUUCGCUCACAGCCCGAUCUAAACGGUGUCGUGCAAGUAUGCCAGGAGCUGAAAAACAAGGGCAUUGAGUUCCCACAAACCGAUCUCGAUUCGAUCGCACCGAUUUACACUCCACAAAGGAGUGUUCCCGAUGGAGCUCCGGCCGCGGAACCAAAUGUGAACAAUCUUCCCGUUUCACCCCACCAUCACCAUCCAUCGCAAACGCCCGGAUCUCCUGCUAUGCCACCACCAUCAUCCCUGUCGCAGGAUCAAAUUGCCAAGCUGCAAUCAGAACUAGAUAUCGUCGCAAUGAAUAUGUCGAUUCUGGGUGAAAUGCUCACCGAGCUGAAACCGGGCCAGGAAGAUCCGGCAGAUUACAAGCUGCUGGUCGACCUGACAGCAACCUGCCGGGAAAUGCAGAGCCGUAUCUUUGAUUUGAUCGGCAAGGUGCAGCACGAUGAGCUGACGGCGGAACUGUUGCGGUUGAAUGACGAGCUGAACAACCUUUUCCUGCGGCACGAACGCUACGAGAAAAAUCGAGAUCCAAAGAAUGCCUCCAGUGCAACACCAUCAGCCAUACUUGGAGCAGCGCUUGGUGCAGCCGUGGCAUCCUCGGGAGCAGAUAAGCGCGACUCAUCGCUCAUAGAUUUGAUGGGUGACGAGGGAGGAGCGAUUGGGGGAACAGCAGCGAGCGGUGGUGGUCCACCGAAAGUAGCUGCCGACAUCAUCAGCUCACAGUUGGCUGGACUCAGCUUGGCCGCCGCUGCUGGUACGACUGGUGCCUCUUCUCAGCUAGCACAACUGACCAGCGUUUCGGCACAGUCUGGCUCGGCCGCAAAGGGCAAGGCGAGAACAACGACCAGCACCAUUCCACCCGAUAUCGUAUCGGAUGAGUUCGAUAUGUUUGCACAAUCGCGAAACACUACCGGUGAAAAAGAUCUGGUCGGAAGCACGGUUGGUGGCAGCACCUUGAGCACGAGGGAAGCGGAGUUUGAUGAGAUGGAACAGUGGCUAGGAAAUCCGGAUGAGAUCGACAGUCUAGAGGCACAUCUGGCUGCAACGGCAGGUGGACUGGGAGCGGCAACAGGUGGCAGUGGUGUCGAGGAAAGCCUCACCAGUAAAGAGUUCGAGAAAUUCCUCGCCGAACGGGCCGCCGUUGCAGAUAACCUACCGACGAUCAGCAGUCAAAUUGGCAGCAACAAUGGCAGCAGCAGUUCGGCGGGCAAGGAGCGCAAAAAGAAGCCCGACGAAAGCGACGGUCUGCUGGGCGGACUGUGAAAGGCUAGCCGGGGUUCUUUAGGAUAUGAAGAGCAGACGGAAACCACGCGGUGUCUACAAAACAGGGCGGAGACCGGUUUCCUGUUGUUGGUUAGUGUUUUGUUUAGUAACUUUUUGGUUAUUCGUUUUUUAUAGAUUUUGAUGUAUUAGUUAUAUGUAGCGAUGAUUGCCAGCACUAUACCACCCUCCCAGUUUCGUUCUGGCCACAAUGCUGUGCACGGUUUAACAUUAUAACGCCACGCCACGGUCGCUGCAAGAUAGUAACGACCUUUAAUGGGUAAUAUGGGGAUAUGUGCAGACAGACACAGAGAGGGCUUUGUGACGAUUGAAUAUAUUGUUUAGAACAUUUGAAUACCUACACCCUCCCGGCGUUUGCAACCUCUUCUCUCCUUUGAUGUGCGUGAAAAAGAGCCAUACAAAUCACAGAAUACACACGUGCCAGGCUAACGGCAGUGAGAAUGCGGGAUGCUGAUGUUGAGCAUAUACAUUUAAAAUAGGUGAGCUAGAGUUGUAUUUAUUUAUUCCGCGCCCGUUGGGUGCAUCGUGCAGCAAAGAGUAAGAGGUUAAUGGGUGGUUUUUGUGCUGUGGUCGAUCAGGUUGUACCAUGUAUGUUUGUCUGUAUGUCUGUGGGUACGUAGCAUCGAAAAGAGCCAAAUUGCUUGACCCUGCUUUGGAGCCCUAGCCUGGAUGUUCCGUUACACCAUCGUAAGCUUAUCUCUUUAGUGCCGAGCAAAAGGAUUGGGAAAUUGGGUUGAUAUGCGUGGACUUUGAACCAGCCCCAAAUGCAGCAACAGAAUGCGAAACCAAUUUGAAUAAAUUGUGCUUGCUAAUUUGAAACCAUCAUGACCACUCCGCGAUCCGGAUAUGUAAUAGAGCUACUACUCAAUAAACAACGUGUAAACAUUUUCCAACCUUCAAAUAAACCCGUCGUCAAUUACUUGCCG